UUUUUUUUUUUUUUUAAAUUCAUAACCCAUUUAAUUUACAAAAAAAAAAAAAAAAUACAAAUUUAUGUAAAUUGAUUAUUCAAAAAUAAAAACAACAAUAAAAUAAAAUAAAAUAUAUUGGAAAGAAAUAAAUGUACUGCCAUCUUUCAAAAUCCCUCAAGGAGAAUGUUUUAAAUAGAAAUUUCAAUGGAUAAGUUAUUCUUCUUGGAUAAUAUAUUAAAAUAAUAUAUAAAAAUUGAAUUCUUUUCCACAAGGGCAGUUAUAAAUUUUUAUCCCACUUAUGGUAUUGGGGAUGUAGAAAAAAACAAAUAGUAUUUUAGAAAAAUUUGAAUAGAAAUUAGAAAAAUAUUCUAAAUUUAUGGUAUUUGGUGAUAAUGAAGUAGGAAUACUCUUUGCUAUAAAAAACAAUAAAUUUUAAAACUUACAUUAAAAUUGUUUUUCCAAAAUAAAAUUUUAACAUAAGAAUUUGAGAAUUUUUUUCUAUAGUCUCAAAUUAUUUUUAUUACUACCAUCCAAAACUAAGGUCUCUUUCCAUAUUAAUACAUUAAAAAACAUAUUUAUUGACUUAGAAGGUGUUUUUUAUUUUUUAUUUUUAUUUUAAUUUCUUAUUGAAAAUAGUUUCUUUUCAAAUUUUAGAUGUCUAUUCAUAAAUUUUUAUUUAACUCAUUAUUUAUUCUUAAAUAUUUUGUAUUAAAUUAAAAAAGUAACAUUUUUAAACCCACAAAAAAAAAAAAAAAAAUUCUCAACCUCGAACCCUUUUUAUUAUCACAAAUCUUCUUAUUCUUAUCACCUUUCUCUUCUAUCACUUCAUCUUUUUAGACUACUUCAACUUCAACAACUUUUAAAAUAAUUUUUAUUAUUUUAAAUUUUUUAUAAAUAUAAUUGUUUUGAGAACCGGAUCAAGUAUUGAAUUGAAAAGUUACCGAUUCACAGUUUACUAAGGUCGAAUCGUGGUUGAUAAAUUAUAUUUUAUUAAAAUAAAAAAUAAUUUUAAAAUAUAUAUAAUUAAAAAUGAAUAAUAUUUAUGAUAUUAUUUAUUCAUUUUUAUAUAAAUGUAUUAAUAUUUUGAAUUUAUUAAACAAAAUAUAUAUAAUAUUUAAAUAUGAAAAUAUAUUGAAAAUGAAAAAAAAAUUAUGUGAUUUUUAUAUAUAAAAAUUAUUUUUUGAAAUAAAUCCUGGGGCGGGGGUGGUGGUGGUUGUUGCAGUUGCAGUUAAAUUAUUUUUUUAAUGCAUUAAAAUGUUUGUUUUUAGGAUAUAAAAAACAAACAAGUUAAUAUUAAUUAUUCUUUAAUUUUAAGCUAAAUUAAGUUUUAUUUAGAAUUAAGAUAAAAAACAAAAAAAACAUGACAAGUAAAAAAGGAAAAAGAAAAACAUUUUUGGAAGAAAACCUUGAGGUGGACCCACCAAAAUGCCUAGAUAUAAAAAAAGAAUAAGGAAUCAAAAAUCAUAUGCAUUGGAAGAAACAAGAAAAAAAAAAAAAAGAUGUUUGAAUCUGAGGGUUCUCCUGCAUAUGUUGGGAGGAGCUGGCACAAAUACUUCCAGUAUCAAGAAGGCAGGGAUUCCCCCAGCGAAGCCCGCAACGUUCUGCUGAUAAUCUUCGGUCUGAUAGCUACCGUCACAUUUCAAGCGGGCGUGAACCCGCCGGGCGGUGUUUGGCAAGAUAACGACAAUGGGCAUGUGCCAGGAACUGCUAUUUAUGCUUCCCAAAAGGCAACCUUCUAUCUUUUCUUGAUUUUUAACACUAUGGCUCUUUCUACUUCGCUUCUCCUGGUUUUAUAUCUCACCCACAGGUUCCCUUUCUAUGUGGAAAUCUGGGUUGCUAUUAUGGGAAUGGGCGUUACUUAUGGUUCUGCAAUUUUUGCUGUUACGCCUGGGCAUUCUGUGCGUUUUCGCUAUGUGAUGCUUGCCGCUGUCGUGCCAUGGCUGCUAAGGCUUUUGCUUCAGUUGUUCUGAAGUUUCAAAGCAAAGCUUUGUAAGUACUUUUUGAUAGAAACCAUGAUUUACGCAGCGGAAACAAAUCAUGAUGAAACAAGCAUGGAGGCAAGCCAAAACCAUAGGUAAAAGACUGACCUUUUUCUAUGCUGAAAACGCCCACAAUCUCCUACAAUCUUCUGCCGUUUACCUUAUCAAUUUCCGGACUAUGAUUUCUGAGUAGGUAGAAAAAACAAUAGCUAGGGUUUUCUGCUCUCUUUUCUGUUUCUAAUAUAUCUUUCUUCGAUGGGAAGAAGACCGUUUUCUUAGAAACUCUUGAGCGUAUAUUUUGCAACAUCUCCCUUAAAAUGCUCAUUUUAAAUAAAUUAGAUUAUCUAUUUUUAAUUAAAUAAAAUUUAAUUAAAAACUAAUCUAUCAUUUAUUUAAAACACAUAAUUCAUGUAUAGUCCAAACAAUUAAGGCACAGUAGGGACCGUAGGAAUAAAAUUAACAGGGCUACUAAUUAUAAUAAGAAUUCAUACAGGACCAGUAUAUUCUCAUUAUAAUUAAUCACAAAUUAUACCACUAAAAAUUCAUGAUUGAACUCCUUAUUAAUCUUACAAUUCCAUUACAUAAUAAUUUAUGUUUCCCACGUUAAGAUUACAGAUGCUAUUUACAUCAAACAAAUUACUGACAAUUUAUUUGAGUAACAAUAGAUCUUCAAGAUUGUCGCUUAACUUAAUUCAUGUGUCGGAUAAAAAUCCACCUGCAGGGUUUACACUAUGAAACCUUAUAAGCUUACUUAAAGUGCAUCAUCAAUCUCUAUACCGAGACGUGGAUUCAAUCAUUAUUUAAUACAUCGCAAACAUAAAGCGUCUUUGUCCAACUCAUCGAGUCUUAUCGCUCCAAUAAAUGAAACUCACUCUUUAAUGAAUCAAAACACAAGACAUUUUAUAUUUGCUCAUAUUAAUUAAAUCAUGAUUAAAAACAUAAAUCUUAUUUCUAAUGUCCUAGAGAAUAUGUUUUAAUAGUCAGUACAAAACAUCCAUUCUCUACUUGGUCCAGUUAGUUAUAUAUAAAAUAUACUAAUACAAUUAUUAUUAAAUUAUGCCGAAAGAUUAAUUUAUCUAAUGCAAAUCUCCAAUUAAAUACAAAGAAAUAAUUGUUUAUAGAAUGACAUCAUAAUAACAUACUAUUAAAUUCACGCUUAUGCAUGGUUAAUAGUAUAUCUCUAUCACUUUUACACGAGAUGCUCAUUCUUAUUGCGAUCAAAUCUUCUGUCAUAAUAAUGUCUGUUCAUCAUUCAUUAUUCAGAAUUCAAUCAGUAGAUCUGGAUUUUCUAGCUUUGAUACUUCAAA